UAGGCUGAGUGCAGGUAUUGAAUGCACGAGGAGACGAUAUUGAAGUCGUCCUGUUAUUAAUUAUUGAAUUAGUGAUUAAGCAACAAUGUCUUCGGUUCAGCAUCUGAGAGAGUUUGUCAACGAGCGGCUAACUGCUGCUGCUGAAGAAAUAUUCACAGUUUUUAAAAAGACGAUCGUGGAGUUUGAGGAAGAGAUCAACCGUCAGCGCAAACUGCUGGAUGUCGUUUGGAAACCCGAAAUUAAAUUGCACAGGAUAGAGCUCCCACAGCAACAUGUCUGUAAGGAGGAAGAGGAGGAGGUUGUGGCUGAGCAGCAGCUCUGUAACCCGGACAGGAACUCCAGUCCAGACCAAGAGGACCCAGAACCUCCACAGAUGAAAGAGGAACAGGAGGAAGUCUGCAGCAGUCAGGAGGGAGAGCAGCUUGUACUGAAGCAGGAGACCGAUACCUUCAUGUUGACUCCUACUUGUGAGGAAAGUGACCACCAGCUCAUGUCCCACACCUGUCAUGGAGCUGAGAGCCAAGAUCAGAAAGGAGGCAGCCAUGAAGAUUCAGGAUCAGCUAGAAACGCAGAGCCAAAAGCAAAGAAAAGAAAUCACAAAAGUGAACAUGGUGGUAACAAUAUACACAACCCUAACUUGUCAGAGAUUGACAGUGAUACUCAGAGAGUUGAAAAGUGUUUCAAGUGUGACACAUGUGGGAAAGCUUUUAAAUAUAAGUCCCAAUUUGAUGUACAUUUGAGAAGUCACACAGGUGAGAAGCCGCGUGUGUGUAACACCUGUGGGAAAAGAUUCUCUUCGACAUCGGCAUUGAAUGCUCAUAUAAAAAUCCAUAUAGGUGAGAAACCAUAUUUGUGUAACACCUGUGGGAAAAGAUUCUCUUCGACAUCGGCAUUGAAUGCUCAUAUAAAAAUCCAUACGAGUGAGCAACCAUAUUCGUGUAACACCUGUGGGAAAAGAUUCAAUUAUAUGUCAGCGUUGAAUGCUCAUACAAGAAUGCACACAGGUGAGAAACCAUAUUUGUGCAACACCUGUGGAAAAAGAUUCACUCACAUGACAACAUUGAUCUGUCACAGUAGAAUCCAUACAGGUGAGAAACCAUAUUCGUGUACCACGUGUGGGAAAAGAUUCAGUCAGCUGUCAGCAUUGAACACUCAUGCAAGAAUCCACACAGGUGAGAAGCCAUAUUUGUGUGACACCUGUGGGAAAAGAUUCAGUCACUUGGCAGCAUUGAUCUGUCACAGAAGAAUCCACACAGGUGAGAGGCCAUAUCCAUGUACCACCUGUGGGAAAAGAUUCAUUCAGAUAUCAGCCUUGAACAAUCAUGCAAAGAUCCACACAGCUGAGCCAUAUUCAUGCAACACCUGCAGGAAAAGAUUUACUGAAAAGUCUGAAUUAGAAAUACAUAUGAGAACACACACAGAUGAAAAGUCGUACCUUUGCAAGACCUGCAGUAAAAGAUUCUCUAAGAUGUCAGCCCUGAAACAGCACACAAGAAUCCACACAGGUAGAAAAUAAUCAGAAAACAUCGGAGGGUUAUGAGACUUAAUGGUGCUGUGGUAGUCCACAUGAGAAGAGGCCACACUGGAGAGAACCUUUGGCUUUGCAAGACCUGUGUGAAAAGACUGUUUGAUGUGUGUCAUUUGGCAAAGUACAUAAGGUCACAUACAGGCAUGCAGCCUUGUAUUUGCAAACUAUGUGUGUGAGACAAUUCAUUUCUCCUGGUUCGUUGUCAAAACACAGAAAACCUCAGAGACGUGAGGAGCCUCAUAAUUGCAGCAGUUACUGGAAAAGUUGGACUCAAAUCUCAUACUUAUAUUCAUAUACACAGGAGACACCAGAGCUGAAACUCGUGUGGAGACGUGUUCACCAAAUACAGUCUUGCAAUAGCUACUUCUCUGUAAUUGACAGUAAAAUGUUUUCCAUAAAGCUGAGAUGUCAAUAUCUUCAUGUAAAGUUUCCCCUCAUAAUGUAUGACAUAUUUCUGUUAGCAACAGUUUUUCUGUGAAACAAUGAGACUCUCCCAAAUGGAGAAAAAAUGUUAGUUUCACAGUGAAAUUAGUGGCUGAUAAAGUGAUGCUGUAAUCUUGAUUGUUGGAUCUGCCAAAUGUUGACUUAUGAAGUCACGUACCUGCAAAGUAUUCAGAAGAGGUUUCAGUUCAGUAAGACGCAUAAAUUCACAGUGUGGCCAUAUGUUUGUCUUUGUAUUUUCAUACAUUACACUAUGUUUGAGCAAGAGCAUUUCUGAGAAUGAUCACAGUCCUCCUUUAUCCUGGGAAUCUUUGUUUGACAGUGAGUGCACAGUGGUGGCUGUCGAACUGAUGGUGUCAUGUGGAUGACCGAUUGUUGUUUGGAUAAGAACA